AUGCUAUCUUGCUUUAUACAAAGAGCGCCCUCGACAUUUAGGCCGGCAACCUCAUCAUUUCUGCUGCACCCCAAAUAUUCAGCAAGGAUGUCUUCCGCUGCUCCUCAACAAGUGGUUGCGAACACCUGCCAAAUCGAUGUCUCAUAUCGAACUCUGGCAUUACGUCCAAGUGAAGAUAGCCCAGAUAUCCGCCAGAAGUAUCGGCCAUUCAUCCUUAGCGACGAUGCAACUGAAGACUGGGUCAACAGCUUAGACUUGACCACUGCAGUGGACAUGGCCGAACUUGACCUGCAGGUUACGAACGAGAGGUUGAGAGUUCUGGUACUUUAUGGCAGUCUUCGGAGAAGGUCAUAUUCGCGGCUAGUGGCAUUGGAAGCUUGCCGUAUCCUUUUCCGGCUCGGCUGUGAUGUGCGCAUCUUUGAUCCUGAAGGUCUUCCGGUGAAGAACGACAGCGAUACCGACCAUCCUAAAGUACAGGAGCUCCGAGAGCUUAGUGUGUGGAGUGAUGGACAUGUCUGGGUCUCGCCUGAACAACACGGCAACUUAACCGCUGUAUUCAAGAACCAGAUAGACUGGAUUCCUUUGACCACAGGAAGUGUCCGUCCCACCCAAGGCCGAACGCUGGCCAUUGCCCAGGUGUGCGGUGGAUCCCAAUCGUUCAAUGCCGUUAACUCUUUGCGUAUCCUGGGUCGGUGGAUGCGCAUGUUUACUAUUCCAAAUCAAUCCUCGAUCCCCAGGGCAUAUACACAAUUUCCGGAUGAAGGUCAACCGGAAGAUCAACGACUCAUGCCUAGUGGUAAUCGAGAUCGUCUCGUGGAUUGCAUGGAGGAAUUUGUCAAAUACACGAUUCUGAUGCGGCCUCACAUCGGUCUUUUCGGUGAUCGCUUUAGCGAACGGGAGGAGAAGAAAGCAAAGGGGGGAAAGAUGAAUGCUGCUACAACCAGAUAA